UCAGCAACAAAUCCAACUGCAAAAACCAUUUUCUCCUCUGAUCUUCUUACAUUGCCUACAAACUCUCUCCUUCACUCUCACCAUUUCUCUGGCCGCCUUUUUCUCCUCAGCGUUUCUCUCAAUUUCUUUCCUUAAUAUAGAACAGUACGUUAAAUUAGAUUAGCAGCACAAUUACAAGAAGGAGGAGUGCAAGAAAGGAGGUGUCAAUGUUCCAGGAAACUAACAGCGCGGCCUCGAAGACAGGCAAUAUGGUUCACCCCGAUCCCAACCUUUCGUCUUCCAGCGCCGCCUCCAGCGACGCCAAUGAUUUCGCCGCUCGUAACAGCAACUUCUCCGCCUAUGACGCCGCCCGUCUCAGCGGGGAGGUGAGCUCUCCCUUGAUGAUGUCGCCCUGGAACCAGCCGUCACCGUUCGCCAACUCCUGGUCGAAUUCCAACAAAACCAUCUCUCACAGCCAGCCACAGAACAGCCUCAUCGGCUCUCUUGUUCGUGAAGAAGGCCACAUCUAUUCCCUGGCUGCUAAGGAUGACAUUCUGUACACGGGCUCUGACAGCAAGAACAUCCGUGUAUGGAAGAACAUGCAAGAGUUCUCUGCCUUUAAAUCCAACAGUGGUCUUGUCAAGGCCAUUAUCAUUUCCGGCGACAAGAUUUUCACUGGCCAUCAAGAUGGAAAGAUACGCCUGUGGAAGAUCAGCCCCAAGGAUCCCAGUGUCCACAAACGAUUUGGGACUAUGCCCAGGUUCUUCGACAUAUUCAAAGCUUCGAUCAAGCCCAGCAAUUAUGUGGAGGUGAAGCGCAACCGCAGCGCCGUCUGGAUCAAGCACACCGACGCCAUUUCUUGCCUGAGCAUGAGUCAAGAAAAUGGGCUCCUUUAUUCUGCUUCAUGGGACAGAACUUUCAAGGUCUGGAGACCUGAGAGCUCCAAAUGCAUAGAAUCCGUCAAAGCCCACGACGAUGCGGUUAACUCAGUGGUUGCAGGCGUCGGCGGGAUGGUCUUCACCGGCUCCGCCGACGGCACCGUUAAAGUCUGGAAGAGGGAACAGAAGGGCAAGGCCGUCAGGCAUACUUUACACCAAACGCUUCUCAGCCAGGAGUCCGCCGUGACGGCAUUGGCCGUGAACGAGUCGGGUUCGGUGGUCUACUCCGGCUCCUCAGAUGGGCUGGUGAAUUUCUGGGAGGUGGAGAAGGAGCUGUCUCACGGCGGCGUGCUGAAAGGACACAAGCUGGCCGUGCUCUGCCUGGCGGCGGCAGGGAAUUUGGCCUUCAGUGGUUCAGCUGAUAAGACCAUAUGCGUGUGGAGGAGGGAGGGAGCGGUGCACACUUGCCUCUCGGUGUUGACGGGGCACACAGGACCGGUGAAGUGUCUGGCGGUGGAGAAGGACAAGGAGUCGGCAUUGGACGGAGACGCCGACAAGAAGUGGGUGGUUUAUAGCGGGAGUCUUGAUAAAUCAGUGAAGGUAUGGAGCGUAUCGGAAAUGGCGCCGGGAAUGCAGCCGCCGGGAUCGAUGCAGCAGAACUACGGGGAGACUAACUGGGACUCAAUUCCGUCAGCAAAGUAUUGAUGAAAAUGAAAAGAGUUCCGAUCGACGACCAUAUAUAACUCUGACUGAAUUUGCAUGAUCCCGGCGAGUGAAUUGAUCCAUUUCAUGGCAUGAUCUCUGUUCUGUGUUUGAUGGAUCAAUCAAACUUUUGUAAAAAUUUUAUGAGUUGAUUAUGUGGGUGAGUUAUAUAUUGGUGUAAUCAUGGAUGAUCGCUUCUAUAUAAUUGAGUUUAAUGUAUUAUAGGGGUAUUACUAUUUCCAAUUUCAACUUAAUUUCUUUAUGUUCCUACA